ACGACGCGCCGGUUGCCCUGGUGGCGGUUGCUAGGCACGGUUUCGGUCGGCGCGUUCCCGGUUCCAGUGUGCGCGUUCUCGCGGGUAUGCCAGGCGGACACCGGAGCGCUGACGUCACCGGCUGCUGCAGAUUAAAAAAUAUUUAACAAAAAGAAAUGAACUAAAAAAGAAGUGCCUAAUUUUCGUUCUGACCAGAAGAUCAGCAGAUUCUCUGCAACAUGGAUCUACAAUUAAACCGCAUGGAUUACCUCCAGGUAGGAGUAACGUCGCAGAAAACAAUGAAAUUGCUCCCUGCUUCUGGGCGGCGUGCAACUCAAAAGGUGGUGAUUGGGGACCAAGAUGGAAUUGUUACAUGCUUUGGUAUCAAGAAGAGUGAAGCUGUGCCAGUUUUCAAGACACUGCCAGGGCAAAAGAUUUCACGGCUGGAACUUGGAGGAGCUCUUGGUACAGUUCAGGAGAAAAUUUUUGUUGCAGCUGGAUCUGAAGUUCGAGGUUUCACUAAGAGAGGGAAACAGUUUCUAUCUUUUGAGACUAACUUAACUGAAAGCAUCAAAGCUAUGCAUAUUUCUGGUUCUGACCUCUUUCUGUGUGCCAGUUAUAUCUACAACCAUUAUUGUGAUUGUAAAGACCAACACUAUUACUUGUCUGGAGAUAAAAUCAGUGAUGUAAUCUGUUUGCCAGUGGAAAAAUUAGAACGCAUUACUCCUAUUCUGGCAUGUCAGGAUCGAGUACUUCGUGCUUUACAGGGUUCUGAAUUGUUGUAUGAAGUUGAAGUUCCAGGUGCACCUUCUGUUUUGACUUUGAAUGAUGGAAAUGGAGGUGAAAGUGGAGAGGAAAUUCUCUAUGGAACAUCGGAUGGAAAGAUUGGAUUAAUUCAAAUUACAAAGAAUUUGCCAGUACCCAAGUGGGAAAUAUUCAAUGAGAAAAAAAGAGGAGGUGUCUUGUGCAUUGAUAACUUUGAUAUUUUGGGCGAUGGAGUGAAGGACUUACUAAUUGGUCGUGAUGACGGCUCCGUGGAGGUAUAUGGAUAUGAUAGUGCAAAUGAGCCUGUUCUUCACUUUGAACAUGCUUUGACCGAAAGCAUCACUUCAAUCCAAGGAGGAUGUGUUGGGAAGGAUGGCUAUGAUGAAAUUGUGCUAGCCACUUAUUCUGGAUGGGUUACUGGACUUACCACAGAGCCUGUAUAUAAGGAGGCCGGCCCUGGUGAAGAUAUAAAAAUAAGCCAAGAAAUGCAAAACAAGAUAGCUUCUCUCAGGUCUGAAUUGGAACAACUACAGUUUAAGGUUCUACAGGAACGUGAAAGGUACCAGCAGUCUUCACAGUCUUCCACUGCAGUCUCAGCUGUGCCUGUGUUUAGUGUUAAUGAUAAGUUUACAUUGAACCGUGAUGAUGCCAGCUACAGCCUUAUUCUCGAAGUCCAGAUGGCCAUUGACAAUGUAUUGAUACAGAGUGAUGUCCCUGUGGAUCUGCUAGACGUGGAUAAAAAUUCUGCUAUUGUCAGUUUCAGCAAUUGUGAUACAGAGACAAACGGUAACUUCCUUCUUGCUACCUAUCGCUGCCAGGCAAACACAACUUGGAUGGAAUUGAAGUUGCGAUCCAUAGAAGGACAAUAUGGAACCCUGCAAGCAUAUAUAACGCCUCGAAUUCAACCCAAAGCCUGCCAAAUCCGCCAGUACCAAAUCAAACCGCUUUCUUUACAUCAAAGGACUCAUGUAAUUGAUGAAAGCAGACCCAUGAACACUCUGAGCCUCACUGGCCAGUUCAGCUUUGCUGAAAUACAUUCCUGGGUGGUAUUUUGCCUGCCCGAAGUUCCAGAGAAAACUCCAGUGGGAGAGAACAUAACUUUUUAUUUUCAGAAUACAUUCCUGGAUACACAACUCGAGUGCUCCUACAGAAAAGGAGAAGGCAUUUUUAAAUCUGACAAUAUCUCUACAAUCUCCAUAUUGAAAGAUGUACUCUCUAAAGAAGCCACUAAAAGGAAGAUUAACCUCAAUAUAUCUUAUGACAUUACAGAAGAAUCUGUCGGCCACACACUGAAAAUGAUUCACCCAAAGCUAGAGUAUCAGCUACUCUUGGCAAAAAAAGUUCAUUUAAUUGAUGCCCUCAAGGAGCUGCAGAUCCAUGAGGGGAACACGGACUUCCUGAUCCCAGAAUACCGUGCUAUUUUAGAAGAUGCAGAAAAGCUGCAGGAGGAAUAUAAGAAGCAACCUGCACAUCUUGAAAGACUUUAUGGCAUGAUAACAGAUCUUUUCAUUGACAAAUUCAAAUUCAAAGGAACAAAUGUGAAAACAAAAGUACCUCUUUUGUUGGAGAUUUUGGACAACUAUGACCAGGCUGCAUUGAUGAAGUUUUUCGAUACUGCAUGAAAUCAUUUGGAUUGCACUAGAGUACUGUAAACAAAAGCAGUCAUGUACAGUAUUUAUUUUAUCCUAUUUUGUGCUCAGUAGGCCGUCUGUGCCUUGUGAGAUGUUUAUGUAUCUUUGGCAACAAUCGGUUUAAAAGCUUUCUAUUAUUAUUAUUAUAAUAGGCAUUUGUUGUAGCGCCAACUUAUUCCACAGCACUUUACAAUAUUAUUAAGGGAAAAAUUUUACAAUAAAUGAGACAAUUACAAAAUGUUGCAGGAACAAUAGGUUGAUGCUCAAACGAGCUGACAAUUUAUGUUCAGGCAUUGGCAUUUCCACAAUUUGUUGAAGGCUGAGGAUAAGGGGGGUUAUCUAAAGUUAUUAAUUUCCACCUGUAAGAUGAUACAUUUGAACAGUGUAUUUCCUAUGUUAGGAGAACUGCUUUAGUUUUGAUGGUUUGUACAUGUAAUUAAAAUAAAUUAGCAAAAUAAAGAGUUAAAAACAGAUCUACCUUACAAUGCUUUGAUGUGUAUAACACUUCUUGUUUCUAACAAUAGAGGUAUUUAAAGAAUUGUUAAUGUACUUUAUUAUCUAGAAUGUAAAAUCUAGCACGUUUGUAUUUGUUAAGAGCCUGUUGAGUUUUCAGAGAGAACAAUAAAAUGAAUUAUUUUGAUUACAUAGUAAUAGUAAUUGAUACUCUGUAAUGAUUUUGGCACUUUCUGUGUUGCAAUCUGUAAUCCUUUUGUGAAAAGAGAAUUAGUUGGAUCAACUAAAAUGUAUAUUUAGACAUUUUUACCGGUAACUAUAACACUAGUUGGCAGGGUUCUCCCCCCUCCCACCCUCACCAAAUCUGAUUUUUGUUUUUAGCCAUCAAAUGCAUUAAAGAAAAAAA